GGGAAGGGUGCGGUGGAGGCGAGGGCUUGGCAGCCGGUCAUGAAGUGUGUCAUUGCGGGGGCUCAUCUCAGAGUGUUUGGAAGAGCAAUACAUGCCAUAGCACGUAUUAGUGAUGAAUUUUCGUUUGACCCCAUAGAAAAAGGUCUUGCCUUAAGAUCAGUGAAUUCUUCAAGGUCAGCAUAUGCAUAUGUCUUCUUCUCAUCUAUGUUUUUUCAACAUUACUGCUGGACAGCUGUGUCUCAGCCAUGUCAGAAGGAAAAACAGUUAUCCCUCCCAUGUAAAUUGAUAAUUAAGUCAGUUCUUCCUGUAUUUAGAUGUGUAAAUGUGCUGGAAAGGAAUGUAGAGAAAUGCAGCAUUUAUACAAAUAUUAAUGAUCAUCAUGUAACUUUUCAGCUCCUCUGCAAAUACGGUGUUGUAAAAACGUAUAAUCUGAUGUGUCAAGAAUGUGAUCCGUUGCAGGCUGUUUUUGCAAAGCACAUGUGUCCAAACAUACUUAAAGUCCACUCCAGGCUGCUGGCUGAUAUAAUGAUUCACUUUCCGACCAGUCAAGAAGAAGUAACCUUAUCGGUUACUCCAAUGAAAGUUUGUUUCAAGAGUUACACUGAGGAAGACACUGAUUUUUCGAAGACGAUGCUUACUGAAAUACAGCUAAAUCCAGAUGAAUUUGACUACUUUCAAGUUGGAGUAGAUUCUGAAGUGACGUUUUGCCUUAAAGAAUUGAGGGGACUACUAGCAUUUUCAGAAGUUACCAGUGUUCCUGUCUCAAUCCAUUUUGACGUAUCUGGAAAACCAAUUGCUUUCAGCAUUGAAGAUAUGGUGCUGGAAGCCAGCUUCAUUUUGGCUACCUUGUCUGACGUUGAAAAGGAGACAGCUUCCCAGCAGCCUCCCGACUUUUCACAGCAGCAGGAGAGCUCGAAGACCGGUAUGGGUAAAUCUGGGACAAAUUCCGUGGAUAAAGAGAGCAAUGCAGAAGCAGUGGCUUCCAGAAAGCCACCGUGGGAUGGAAGCGCACCAAACACAGAGCCAGUGAAACCUGUGAGUCUUCUGGCAAAACAAGAGAUCAAAAGUAUUCCCAGAGUCAUGAUGAGAGAGGUGACAGGCACGGAAGGAACAGCCAUGACUGAGACAGAGGGCCACGCAAUGCUGGGAGGAGAGGCAAGAGAGUCUCAUUAUCAGAAGUUUCAUUCCUUAUUCUUUGGAGCAGUUUCUUGUAAGGAGCAGGAUGCCAUCAGCCACACCCUCCAUAGUUUAGCAACAGCUAGCGACACCGAAGAGGAUUUUGGCAAUGUGCAGAGCUCCCAAGUUCUCUAGCGACAUGAAGUGUUUGAAUCCAAGUAAAGACUAUCGGGGAUUGCCUUGAAAGAUAAAAGUGUAUUUGACAUGGUAAUUGUGGAGCCAUUUCUAGUUUUAGAAAGAAGUUUAAUUGCAGUUCUUCAAGUUAGAACUCGAUGGAAACUAUUUGUAUUCUGAGCUUGUGUGGUAAACUGCGGUUCACAAAUACCUAUUCAAGUCUGGAAAGUGGAAAUUCUGCUCAAGUGGUGCCUGUUUCUUUUUUCUGCAAGAGUGAUACACAAAAAGGACAAAACUCACCUCAAUACUGAGUACUUUAUCAGUUCCUGCUCUGUCAGUACAGAUUAAGUGUUUAUUCACUGUUUACGUUAACCACCACCCCGGGUCAUUCUAAAACUGGGAGCUGCUGUCAUCAUGCAAUAUAAAUUUAGGUCAUGAUUGACUAGGUUGAGGUUUGCGUACUACGUAUUUUGUAAGCAUACUGCUUUGGAUGUUCAGCUCUCAGUACAUUCGCACUGGAGAAUUCAAACUGCGUUACCACUUCAGGCAAAUUAAGCUGCUGUUGUAAAGUUACGAGGGCUGGGAAAAUAAACCCAUCCACCCUGCCACAGCCAAACACAUCAUUGCUGUAGAAUAGCCGGUAUUUUCACAGAAAGUGUGUAGAAGUAGCAUUUAACUGAAUAACCAGAGGUGUUGUAAGUAAGUCACACUGGAAUAAAAUACCAGAAUUUCCAGUCUUUGGUCAAUUAAAAGAUCAUUAUUCUGUCUGCCAAACUGUUACAGAUGAGUUUUAUGGUGUCGCUCUAAAAGACCUUCUCUAAAUGAGAGCCCAACACCCCAAGUAUUGGUGGCUGUGCAUCUCUGCGCCACCAACGACAUCACUGCAUUAACAGAGUUUGUGCAAUCAAUCAACUUUACU